AUGGAUCUGUCUCGUACAAAGAGUUGUGCUGGUAAUAAUACACUUUGUAUUCUUGAUGCUGAUGGUGUUGCUGCCGAAGGUGUUCGUGUUAAUAGUGUUACUGGUGAUGUUGAUAGUCGUCUUUCUUGUUGUCAUCCUUAUCGUUGUAAUGCUAUUGGUGGUAAUGCUGAUGACCUUGUUGCUAAGACUCUUGAUGCUACUCGUACUGGUGCUGAUGAGGAUGCUCAAAUUAAUAUUCCUGAUGGUGCUCCUCUUGGUCUUUGUGGUCAAAAUGAGAAAUUGGAUAUGCAAAAAAAUUCGCCUAGCAACGGUGCCAGCAACUGUGAUUAA